CUGACCCCAGCCGCCGCGCACGCUUUUCACGCGCGAGAUGCCCCACAAUCUAAACUCAGUUUCCGCCAAUUCCGCCAACACAGGACCGAAUCAUCAAGCCUAUCCUCAGCAGCCGCACCAUCGAGAGAAUACAGAUGGACUCCAACCCGAGAAAGAACCGGUGGAAUUCGACAUUUCGCACUUGCGAGGUGCUCCAGCGGAGGUCGAGACGUUGGUGCACAACAUCAAGGAGGUGGCCCAACAAUUUCUCUAUCACUGGCGAACCUUCCCCAUCGUUCUGCCACCGUCAUUGUCCUCGUGCACGGAAGGCGAGGACACGUUGGCGCGAAAGAAGUACCAUCUGAGGGACCUUUUUGUGGCGCCCAGCUUCGACGAGUUGGACGCCGUAGCUGUCGACAGCAAGGGCGAGCCCAGAAGACUGACCAACAAACAGCUGGAAAGCAUCAGGGAACGAGGCUUACACAAGGAUAAAUAUGGAAAGCCGAAGAAGCUGAAUGCCACUCAAUUGGAGAGCAUUCGAAGAUGCGGAGAAUUUGAAGUGGACUCGAUCAACUUUGCCGGACAGACGCAUCGAUGGCGAUUGAGCGGGCUUCUUCAACGUGGCCGAGACAGACGGCGGGACGCGCUGCUGACAGAUCUCGCCCUGGCGACUAGGUUUCUCGUCGUGACUGCGAGGGCUAGAUUGAUCUCCCACUGUUUCAGCGUCUCGCAGUCCCUCAAGGCCUUCAUCACGGGACUAUUGCGACUUCUCGACAUUAUAAUUGGUGUACCGUCGCUCCAAGCGCAUAACUUAGAUGCCAAGAUUAGGGAAGAACGUUGUCGGUACCUGGUGGCAGAAUUGGUUUGUCGGCCGGAAUACGAGGAUUCUCUGGAAUUGCUUUGUGGAUUCAUAAGGAAGCAACUUCGUAGGGCGACUACUGAAAAGUUCGAAGUAGAAAGGGAAUCUUCUCAGCUAUUGCCCGUCUCGAUCCCCUUUGUAUUCGGGACACCUAAUGGGGCCGCGGUCGAUCUCAGAUUGUUCAACAGGGACGUAAUUAGGAAAGCUUUGCCUACGCUUGUUGCGAUUUUGGAGAGAGAGACAAGAGGCUGGUUCCUUCAUUUUAGGGAAAGACUGAUUUCGGAAUUGAGAGCACAAAAGAAACCAGACGAGGAGAUAGAACGAGAAGUUAAUGAAGCGGUGAUGCGCGAAUAUCUGCAAAGGGUAUAUACAAACAUCCUAUCCCAUCCGGACAUCCUCGCAUUGGGCGAUGGUAUCGCUCAGCUGCUGGUUCAACAGGCGCAGUCGGUUGUGUUGAUGCACCGGGCGGUGGAGAAUAUGCAGCGGAAGCUGUCGCAAACCAAAGAAUCUCUACGACGCCGCAUCGAGAACGAGCACCCGGUCCUAUCGCGAAUACAGCCGUGGAUGCGCGAUCGUAUGCGAGAGGCCGAAGAGAACUUUAUUGAGGAGUGCGAGUGGAGCGCGCACGAAGAGGCGCUGGCGCUCUGCGGUCACCAGAAUCUCACGCAAACCAUUUAUUUUCUCAAUCGUGAUUUAACCUUUAUGAGAGAGAGAGAGCCAGUUCUCCUGAAGGAACUGCGGAAGGUGAAAACCCCAACGAGGACUUUCCAAUGGCCCACGCAGAUCUGGCUACCGAAAAACUGGAUAAUAAAGCGCAACUUUCAAGGUCAAUCGGAGAUCAUUCCGACCGUACUGAGCAACACUCCGACUUCCAUCACGACACCUCGCGCUGACCCUAGUCAGCCCGUUUUCUUAGUCGAAAGGGAGAUUGUACAUACAACUACGACAAGGUGGCCGAUGUGGCGCUGGAUUAACUACAUCGCCAGAACAUGGUGUUGGACUUGGAACGCGAUGUUUUUAUUGGGCGUAGCUGUACCGUGGUGCAGUCCGGUAUCUUUUCGUGCUCUGUUGCUGGUACAAUCGUUCACCCCUGACCUGGAAUUGAGUCAAUUGAACGGAACAUUGUUUCCGAGAAAGUCAUCGCAGAUGCCCACUCUCUGUUCGCGAUUAAUAGCGCUUUGGAGGCACAUCAGUAAAAGUCGAACGCAUUUUGAAACCGAACCAGACACAGGAUUUAUUGGCAAAGGUAUGACCCGACACCUAAACAGACUAUGGAAUUAUGGUGCAAAGGGUCUGUUAGGCACACUCAUCAUAUUGUUUAUAUUUCCCGUGGUAUGUAUCACGGUGAGUGUCGGUUCGCUGUUGAUUGCUCUCACCGCAGCUUUCUGGAUGCCUCUGGUCACGCUGACGUUGCAUGCGUUCAUGGCGCUUAUCAUGGACCUGGAUAGCCCUGAACCGAGUCGCAAUCGAUAUCUUGUGGUGAUGGAAGCAUUACUCUGGAACAUUGGCAUUCAGGGAUGUCUACAACCAAUAGCGGCAUUAUUCGUAGCCUUCGUUCUCUGCCCACUUAUUUCAUUCGUGAUACUUACAAUUGCUGUGAUACGUUAUUGGGUCAGAGUGUUUUGGGACACAGUUAUGUUCCAUCUAAUGAUCAAGAACAGAGGUCGGAUACCAGCGAGCGAUAGCUUUGUCGUGAAGAGAAUAGCUGGACCGGGGUUAGCUUCGGAUUAUUAUUAUCAAAUAAGAGCGGAACAAGCAUUGGCCGCGUUCGAAGCGAAAUUAGAACUGGACGAAUUGCUGGCCUUUCAGCAAGAAACCGAGAGAUUAAUUACUCAACCGCAGAGGGACUUCACGCAGUUUGUCGAAGCCUGUUUCGGCCCGUUCGCCGCUAGCCUCGCAAAGACGAAGGACCCGUACAAAUCCCUCGAGAAGGAAGCCAAAGACUUGAUUGCCGUGUUACACGAGAAAUUGGACCGACGAAGAAAGAAUUUGCAGACAGGUCUCGGCGUCGCGGUGAGGAGUAAAAUAAAAUUGACUACUUUCGACUUGAAGGUGGUCAUACAGCAAGGAGCACAGAUGCUGGAACGUUUAUAUCCCACUCACGUUUUCGCGAGACUGUCCGGGAACGAGGAAGACUUUUGGGAGAACAAGGGUUUAGGGGUGUGCGACUGGGCGGGUCUAGCAGGGCUUAUGUACGCCGACAUCUUCAGCCUCGACUUUCUACAGCCGCUCGACGACUCCGACACGAAAUUCAGAUUGGAGCCGCACCCGGGAGUCGAUCUGUCCCGGUAUACGGACAUGGUUCACAGUACCGAGCUCGGUGGCGUCAACGGACCCGAUUUGCUCGGUGCGGUUUACGCACCACGCGGGAAUAUUCAAGUGCACAGUCCGUAUCUCGAGGUGUCUGCUUUCAAUCCGCGGGCCAAGCAAGCCAGCAACAGCAGAAAGGCUGACAAACGAUGCGACACAAGUGGACUAUUGACGUCGACGAAGCUGCGGAGGCGCGCGAUGAUGAGCGACAACAAUUCCGAGGGACGCUGGCAGCCGUGGAAACGUCAGAUCCGCCCGUAUAGCGCGGAGAAGUUGGUGAUCCCUCUACCGAUCCCGCAUCCGGCCCACAUAGCGGUGACCAUACACAACCGAGACUCGGAGGACCCCAUAGCUCUCGACUCGGAAUUAUGCCAGAACAUCCUGCGGGCGAUCGAGGAGUCUCCCGGCGAGAUGGCGAUGGAGUGCGUGAACCGGUACCGGGGCGGCGGCGGCGGCGACUCCAGCUUCGACUCCGUCGCGUCGCAGUCGUCCGUCUCGAUCGAAACCGGUCUGGAUAAGGGGAACGAGACGACGCAGGAGACCGCGGUCGCCCACGAGAAGGAGAACAGCGAGACUUAUCAUUGGACUCUGUCGAAUUGGGGUGGUGGUGGUGGCGGCGGUAUGACGCGAAAGCGAAACAACUCCGGAUCCAUCAAGGUUGAUCUAGCGUCCCCGGAAGACGUCACCCUCGACACAGAUACCACCAGAGUGAUGUUCAGCACGUACGGAACAACCGUCUAAAUUUAAUUCGCCAUUAUAUACGUCGAACUAAUAUGGUUCUCUCGUCGUCGUCGUCGUGUUUAUAAAUGAUUAUAUAGUAAGUCCUGUUUUGAAUAAUAAUAACAGCUUUGCUGAAUUUUGAAAACCAAGGUUAAAAAUGUUUCUUACAAAAAUUGUGAGAUUUUGAAGACAUCUUUCCAGGUAGCAAAAUGAUGUCAUUUAAACGUCAAAAUGACGUUAUUCGAUGUCAUAAUGACGUCACGACGUCAAAAUGACGUCAUUAAAUGUCAAAAUUACCUGGGCUUGUUCUAAGCAUAAUUUUAUUCCAGAUAGAGGCAUUUUUUUUUAAUUUUUGUCAUUUUUUUUUUAAUUUAUAGUUUAAUAUAAUUUUCUUACAUAAAUCGUAAUAUUUGGUGUAUGAAAUUGUUAGAAUGGAAUAGUCGAGAAAUAUAUAGUUUAUGAGAUAUUUUAUGCUUUUUUAUUCUGAUAUAUUUUGAGAAAAAUAUUAAAGUUUUGGUUUUCGAAAAAUAGCAACACCUUGUAUGUAAAAUAGGACAUUCUGUAUAAAGAUAAAAGAGAAAAAAGGAGCUGCAACUAUAAAUUUGAACCCAAUCUUAGAGAACAGCCUUUAUUGCCAUCCAAAAUGAUAUCCAAUAUUAAAGUCGCAUUAUUCACUUACAAGUUAAAAGCAAUGCAAAUUCUUAAUCAGUAUACCAAAACAUUUAUUGAAAAAUUUUAAUCGAAUCAAAAACGUAAAUUUGAGAUAUAUUUAAAAGAAAAAGUAUCUUCCAAGAGAGAACAUUAUGAUGGAUCAAUUAUCAUAUAAGUAUGUACUGUCGAGUAAUAUCUAGUGAAUUUCAAUUAAUUACAUUGCGUUAAAAUGUCAUCUUUCGCGAAUUUUCGUUACAUACAAAUUUUGUUUAAACUUCUCCAUAUUACACGUAAAUGUUGUGUCAAAUUUAAUUAUUGACAUUUUUGGUUUUUUUCCUUUUUUUAGACUUGUAUUUGCUUAUUAUAUUAUCGGCACUUGGAUUUAAUAUAUGUUUUAAUAUAAGUGGAUUCAUCGGUUUAAUAAAAAAUGAUGAAUCACAAAGUGAUGAAUGUAAGAUUGAAAAAUUUUUUUAUUAAAAAAAUUAUUUUAAAAUUUGAGAAAAGAAUUACAGAGAAGAGAGAAAAAAGUAAAAAGUAUCCCAGAUUUUAGUGCAACAGAUAAGACUAGCAAAGCCUCUCUUUAAUAUUAUAUUAAAUAAAUACAUUCGUAUUGAGAUAUACUGUAUAUAGAUAGUCAAUUGUAUAAAUAAAUUUGUUAAUGUAAUAUUAUUAUACUCUGAAUAUACAUUUUCCGUUACGGAUAUGCUGACUGGCUAUUCGCCGAUAAAGAUAUAUGCUUACAAUUGUAUACUCUCAUUUAAUAUUAUACAAUGAUAUAUAGAAUUCUAUGUGCUUGCGUGAUAAUUAUUUUACUCAAGCCGAUUGUGUGAAAAAAUCGAAACUUCCAUUAUGAAAAUAUAGUAAUGGAUAUAUAUAUAUAUAUAUAUAUAUAUAUAUAUA